AGUUGUUGACAUUAAACAUGACCUAACCGUGUUGUUCUAUCAAAAAAUAACCUUAACCUUAGGUUUGAUAUGUUAUUAUGUUAUAAAAAAAAUAAUAUUUCACUCUAAAAGACAAUACAAGACGGAAAUGUUGUGCUUAACAUUAAUCACGUAUUUAUCAUUUGUUGUUCAAAUCUCAUUUGUUACUAUAGCGGUAGCUGCGGGAUUGUAUUACUUAGCGGAAUUCGUAGAGGAAUACACCGUUUUAAGUAAGAAAAUAAUUUGGUGGAUGAAUUCGGGCAGUCUAAUAAUAUACAUACUUCUUUGGCUGUUUGAGGGAUUUCCGUUAUUAUUGGUGAGCUGUGGAAUAUUGGCACAAGUGUCUCACUUUGUAAUUUUAACGGAUUUUCCAUACAUAUCCUUUUUAUCCCCUUCGUUUCUAAUCGCAAUAGCGUUCAUAGUGAUAAAUCAUUAUUUAGCAUUUGAUCACUUUGGUAAUGUUAUGUACUCUUUUUCUGAGUUAAUGGCAUAUUUCACUUUAUGUUUAUGGCUUGUACCAUUUGCCCUUUUCCUUUCUCUGUCAGCUAAUGAAAACGCAUUACCUACAGUUAGAGAGACAUCUGAUGGGGACGUAGUCAGUAAUUACUUUUCAAAAAAAGAGAAGAAGUAUGGAUUAUUAUCCCUAUUCAAUUAUGCAAAAGAAGCCAUUUUGCCUCACCAAUCAAAGAAGGGAUUUUAAACAACUUGCUCAAAUUUCGAAAUACUAAAAGAAAUUUGUAAAUAUUUUUUGAUUUAGUAGUUACUUUUUAUUUAUUGAAUAAAUUAGGCACACUAUUUAGAGGA